CCACUCGGCGUUCGACAUCGGCAGUACGCUCCUACCCUGGCUGUACAGAACCCGUUCCUUUGCCUUUAUUACUAAACGCAUUACGCGCGUAUCGAGUAAAUUAAAAUCAUAGAUAAAAAUGAUAUAGUUUUAAAAAAGGAAACAGCACAAUUUUUUUUAAUAACUGGCCGGUAAUAAAGUGAAUUAAAAAGUGAAAUUAAAAAUGAGCCUCAGUGAAGAAAGUGGAGAUAGGAUACUGGCAUCACGUCACGUCAGUCAGGAAUUAAGUCACCACGAAAAUAAUGCGAUGAACACGACUCUACUUUGUCAUAACUUCACUUUGGAGCCAGAUUUUAUUUCCUAUUUGACAGCUCUCCAGCCAUACGCAUGGGUACUUUGGUCGAGUGGAUUGAUAGUUCUAGUAUUAUUAUGGACAAUAUACGCCGUAACAUUAAGAUCGGCUCUCAAGAAACGGCGCGAUUCCGCAACAAACCUCGCGACUGUUUUGUCAGUUUACCCUCUUGUGGCGUCAGCGGCUUUCAUUGCUAUAGUUGUGCCGCGAGCAACGCUGGUAGCGGAGGCUAUAGCGCAAGAGGUGGUAAUGGUGGCAUUGUACCACUUCUUCUGCCUCAUCAUUGCUGAGUGCGGCGGACCUAGCCAGUUCAUCAGACGCUCAGGUGACUCUCCCUUGGAGACCCGGGUACUGCCGUGUUGCUGCUGGCCGUGCUGCUUCAUACCGAGACCGAAGAUUGAUAAGAGGAGUUUGACUUGGCUGCGUUGCUUGGUGCUGCAAAUACCAAUUGUGCAGGCGGUACUGUACGUCAUCAUACUUGUGUUAUGGGCUGAGGAUAUGAUGAUUUACCGUCACGGGUUGGUUUUCAUCCAGUUUUUCGUGGCCGCGUCUAUACUGUCGGGUAUCUGGGGCGUGAUAAUGUGCGUUCGCGCCGCAAGCGGUAUCGGCGUGAUGCUGCGGCCGAAGUUCGUGGCGCUGCAGCUGGUGCUCAUCAUAGUGAAGCUGCAGUGCAGUUUGGCCAAACUGGUGUCUGAUGUUGCGACGUUACCCUGCGUUAUGUCGCUACAUCCAGCUGUUUUGGUCAAUGCGACACAAUACACCAUAACGAUAUUCGAAAUGUUACUUCUAUCGAUUUGGGCGUGGCGUCUGUAUGGAGGGGCAGAAACUAAGUCUCUUAAUAAAGUUCAAAAGGUCGUAGUCGCUGUUCUGGAGGAAGGCUCAGGAGUUCGUGACGUCAAACAAAUAAAAGGAGGCGUAGAUAAUAAAUCUUUUAGUAUCACAGAUAAUAAAUGCGAGGAAAAAGUGUAAAAUAAUAUGAUAAAUUAUGUUAAUAUCCAACUAUUGUAUUGGUGUUUUACGUAGAAUAUUGAUGUUUUUUAAGGCUUUGUACCAAUUGAGUACCAGUGACUGCAUAUUUUUGUAACCCCUGGGUAAGUGUUGCGAGUUAAGAAAAGUGAUUGUAUUCCUAGCUUUUAUUUUACAGCGGCUGUUAAAAAGCAUUAGUUGAAAGUAAUUUGUAUUCGCUUUGUGUAGUAUUCAGUGAACUAUUGAUAGGUAGUAAAAACUAGUAACUUUGUGACUAUUGUUUGUGUAAUUGGAAAAAGAUACUAAAUAGAUUUAGAUUUUAUCUAGAUACGUCAAACGUAAAUGUACCUGACUUUAUUUUUAUGUGUUGUGUAAAUUUUUUGUAUCGAAAUAAAAUAAUUAAAUCAUG